AUGGUCCGUCAGCUCAAGCAUCACGAGAAGAAACUUCUCCGGAAGGUCGACUUCCACACCUACAAGUCCGAUGGAAAUCACCGCGAACAUGAGAUCCGUCAGCGCUACCUCCUCCAAGACCCAAUGGACUACCGCAAGUACAACGCCAUGUGCGGAUCCCUCCGCCAGCUCGCCCAUAAGCUUUCCCAGCUGGAUCCGGAGUCCGACCCCGUCCGUAGGAAACUCGAGUCCGAGUUGCUGGAGAAGUUGUGGCGCAUGGGAAUCCUGAAGCAGUCUCGCGAGCAGGGUGCGGGCUUGUCUCGUGUCGAGAGAGAGGUCACUGUGUCUGCUCUCUGCCGGAGACGUUUGGCGGUGCUGAUGGUGCGCACGAGAAUGGUUCAGACUAUUAAGGCUGCUACCACUUUCAUCGAGCAAGGUCACGUCCGCGUUGGAACUGAAGUCGUUAACGAUCCCGCUUUCCUGGUUACUCGCAACAUGGAGGACUUCGUUACCUGGGUCGACUCCAGCAAGAUCAAGCGCAACAUCAUGCAAUACCGCGACAAGCUGGAUGACUUCGAUCUUCUUUAA